GAACAAGAAGAUUUGGAAAUUUCAUUUGAACAAUAUGACUAUACCUGUGGAUCAAAAUUACUUUCAGAAUCCCAUUCUCUCUAUAAUACUGUAUUUGUUAAAGAUGAUUUAGCAGAAAAACCAGAAAAUUUGGAACAAGA